AUGAAGAUGUACUAUAAAGGCUGGGAUAAAUCGAAGUGGUGCGAAUUUCAUAGGGAUUACGGUCACAUAACUGAAGACUGCAAAGACCUCAAGGACGGGAUUGAAGACCUCAUUAGAAGAGGAUAUGUCACCCAGUACCAAGCAAGGGUCGACCGAAAAUCUCCAUCCAGAGAAGAUGAAAACAACAACAGAAGGCCAGUCAAAGACAGGAUCACUGAAAUCCAUGUUAUCACGGGUGGACCGACAAGAGGUGGAAGCAUACAUGGGGCCAAAGCUAGCUUGAAGGAGGUCAGGCACCAAGUGAACUACCACAACGCAGGGAAGUGGUCGGCACCCCCAGCCAUGUCGUCUAUGGCUUUUACGUCAGAGGACGCCAAGGGCAUUGUCUAUCCCCAUGAUGAUCCCCUGGUAGUAUCUCUUCACAUAUGA